CCGCUAUAAAACUGUAGAACAUGUUCAGCAAUAUCCUUAGACAUAGGACAAGUUUGAGUGUCCUGUAUCGAAGAGCUCUUUCUCGCUCAGUUAUACGACUUAAUACUCCGCCAAAAGAUCCUAAAGCUCACGAAAAUGGUCUAUACUAUGGACAAUUUACGAAAGAAGAGUAUGAAAAUGCAGCUAAUGUUGUGAAACAACAAAUAGAUAAAUUGGAAAACGAAAUUAAGGGUGACUUUAAUAUCAGAGAAAAUUUAGGUAAAGUCCCUCAAUUUCCUCAGCGUGAUCCUUCUGGGUCAACUAAAGUGAAUAAUUUGACUGACUUAUUCAUACAAACCAUUAAAACAACUGGUCCUAUUUCCUUAUCAGCUUAUAUUCGUCAAUGCUUAACUCAUCCAGAUUUUGGUUAUUAUACAACCAGAAAUCCUCUUGAUUUGCGACUGGGUGAUUUUAUAACAUCUCCCGAGAUUUCUUCUGUUUUUGGAGAAAUGGUAGGUAUUUGGCUCUUCACUAUUUGGCAGCAACAAAAUUAUCCGCCAUCAAUAAGAUUAAUUGAAUUUGGACCAGGAAGAGGUACGUUGAUGUAUGAUGUCUUAAAAUCAUUUAACUUAUUUGUGAAAAAGGUUGGUAAAAAAGCAGAUGUAGAGAUUAAUUUAGUUGAAGCUUCUAAAGUGUUAAGAAGAGAACAAUGGAAGUUGUUAUGUGAUGAAGCAAAUACCCCUUUUGAAACCGAUGCCAAUGGAUUCGACUUUUCAACUUCACAAUGGGGAAAUACAAUAAGAUGGUUGGAUACUGAAAAGGAUAUAAAGAAAGAAAAUGAUGUUGCAAAUUAUAUUAUUGCUCAUGAAUUUUUCGAUGCCUUACCAGUAAAAGGUUUCAAGAAAACCGAUAAUGGUUGGAGAGAACUUGUAGUUGAGCAUUCUUCUUCAGUUAACAACACUCAGCCAAAGUUGCCAUCCAAUGAGUCUGUAUCCAGCGAGGAAUCGAAAGAUGCUUUACUCAAUACUGAGUUCCACCUAACUUUGUCACCUAAAGAAACUCCUUCAUCUAUUAUCCCAACCCUUAGUUCAAGAUUCAAUGAUUUACCUGUUGAUUCACGAAUUGAAAUUUGUACGGAGGCCGAAUUGUAUUUAAUGAAGAUGGUUCAAUUGUUAGACAAUAUCAAACAAUUGGGAGCUGUAUUAAUCAUAGAUUACGGGGUAGUAGAUGCCAUCCCCGAAAGUUCAUUAAGAGGGAUUUAUAAGCAUAACUUCGUGUCUCCAUUCAUCAAGCCAGGUGAUGUCGAUUUAUCAGUUGAUGUAGAUUUUACAAAUUUGCAACAGUUAAGUGCUCGGUUCUGUUCGACCUUCGGACCUGUAGAUCAAGGUGAUUGGUUGCACAGAUUAGGUAUAGGGCACCGAAUUGAUCAAUUGAUAAAGAAAAACUCAGACUACCCUGAAGAACAAGAUAAGAUUUAUCAAAGUUAUAGAAGAUUAACCGACAAAGACGAAAAGUCCAUGGGUAAAGUUUAUAAAUUCUUAGCAUUGUUGCCUUCUGGUUCUAAAGAACCGGCAGGAUUUAGUGAUCCUCUUUGAACUCAAUUACAUGUAUAUGACAGUUGUACAUAAUCUAAUAUAAUAAUAAAUUUUCAAACUAAGAGAUACAAAAUUAAAAAUUUAAAAAAAAUAUUCCGAUACCGGGAGUCGAACCCGGGUCUGCUCGGUGAAAGCGAACCGUGCUAGCCGUUAC